AUGAUUCGUCUUUCUCCAUUGUCCGAAAGUGGCCUUCGAUUAUGUUUGAAAAGAUUUGUGUCAUUUGGGGACUUGGGAGUCGAUUCGAAGAUUGUGAAAGGAUUGAGAAAACUAAACAUAUUAAAUGCUACAGAUAUUCAAGUGAAAAGCAUUCCACUAGGUCUACGAAACUGUUCACCUAUAGCGAUUUCCUCUGAGACUGGUAGUGGUAAAACACUUGCCUAUCUCGUUCCAUUUCUUAACCACCUAAUUACCGAUCCCCAUCUUCGGAUGCUUGUUUUGCUCCCUCGGAAGGAGCUUGCAUUCCAAGUUGAACAAGUCGUUCACCAACUCGCUCCCAAUGCAGCAACAGCUGUGGCAGUUGGAAAAUGGAAGGGAAUGGAGGAAGGUGUGUUUCCUUCGAUUGUUCUUGGAACACCGAAGCCAGUGUACGAAUACCUACGCCGCGCGUUUGGGAAGAAGAGCUUGGAGAUGUUACAGCAAUAUCGUCGCACUUUCUCCACCUUGGUGCUCGAUGAAGCUGAUGUCGUUCUGAACGACCCUUUUUAUCGCUACACGUUGGAUAGUCUGCAUCUCCUGGAGCGAGCCAACGCAGAUUUGCAGGUCGUUGCUGCUGGAGCAACAUUGCCUCGUAAUGGGAAAAUGACGGCGGGAGGCAUUCUGUCUCACGAAUUUCCUCAAAUCUACUGGUGUGAAACAUCGGGGCGCAGCUCUGUUCCGGAAAAUAUCCGCGUGAGGUUCAUCGAACAAGUGGAAGAAGAACAAAAAAUGAAUGAAUUGAAAAAGUUGGCGGGAAAGUUGAGAGGUGGAAACUCGAUUUUAUUUGUUCGAAAUGCUUCGCGUGCUGAACAAGUCGCGGAGAGUUUGGCGGGGAUGAAUAUAAAGGUCCAAGUGCUCUCUCAAGAUUUGGAUGAUGUGCAACGAGACCAGGCGGUUCGAAGGGUAUUGGAAGGUUCAGCGAUGUGCACUGUUUGUACAGAUCUGGUUAGCCGAGGCCUCGACACUCGCAAUGUCAAUUUAGUUGUUCAGUAUGAUUUUGCAACCGACGUUUCCGCGUUUCUUCACCGCUGCGGCCGAACAGGAAGAAACGGAGCGCAGGGCGAAGUGAUCUGCUUUGUGUCCCCCGAGAAUGAGCUGCUUGCGUCCAGGAUUCAAAAAUGCGGCGUGCACAACGAUCUCAGUUCGCUGUUUUCCAGGAAGCGUCUGCUGCGAAAGAAGGCAAAGAAAGAGGGGUGUUGUGUUUGA